AUGCUGAAGGAAUGUCAUCUAGAUCCUCCAGUGGAAUGCUGGAGGGAUGUCACAGGACAAAAAGGUCCAAGUACAGAGUGGAAUGCUGGAGGGAUGUCACAGGACAAAAAGAUCCAUGUGGAAUGCUGGAGGGAUGUCGCAGGACAAAAAGAUCCAAACCUUGCGAACUUAAUGCUGCGACAAAACAGCUCAAGUGUAAGAAGUCUCCUGGCAGACGGUAUUCAUGAUGCUGCGAUAAAACAACUCAAGUGCAAAGAGUCUCCUGGUAUUCAUCCGGAAUUUCUAAUUAGAAUGGGACCAACAGCCAAGGAAACCAUGUGCUUUACAACAAAAUCUGGGAGACCAGUCUUGUACCAAACCGAAAAAUCUAGGAGACCAGUCUCGUACCCAACCAAUGGAAAGUUGCCAUAG